UCAGUGUGCGUCUAGCUCUGUGCGCGCCGCCAGCGCUAUGGCCGCCCCGCCGCAGCUGCGGGCCCUGAUCCUUGCGGUCAACGCACUGCUGCGCAAGCGCCGCUACCACGCUGCGUUGGCGAUGCUUAAGGGCUUCCGGAACGGGGUAGUCUAUGGAGUCAAAAUCCGGGCCCCUCACGCGCUGGUCAUGACCUUUCUCUUCCGGAGUGGCAGCUUCCGGGAGAAGCUGCGGGCCAUCCUGCAAGCCACGUACAUCCAUUCCCGGAACCUGGCUUGCUUCGUGUUUGCCUACAAGGGGCUCUGCGCCCUGCAGUCCCACUUGCAGGGCGAGACCUACCAGCUGCACUCAUUCCUGGCUGCCUUCGUCGGGGGCUGGCUGGUGUUCGGAGACAACAAUAACAUCAACAGCCAGAUCAACAUGUACCUGGUGUCACGCACCCUGUUUGCCCUGUGCCGCCUGGGCGUGAAGAAGGGCUACAUCCCUGAACCCAGGUGGGACCCAUUCCCACUGCUCACCGCAGUGGUGUGGGGGCUUGUACUGUGGCUCUUUGAGUACCACAAGCCCACGCUGCAGCCCUCCCUGCAGUCUUCCAUGACCUACCUGUACGAGGACAGCAACGUGUGGCACGACAUCUCGGACUUCCUCGUCUACAACAAGAGCCGCCCCUCGAAGUGACUCAGCCCCAAGGUGCUUAUAGGGGCUUCGACACCCGAGCAGGCUCCAGGCUGUGCCCAGCUGUGGCGUGAGAGGUUUCCAUCACUGAAACCUCCCAGAGGAUCCUGCCUUCUCAAGAUCUUGGGUCUCAGACUCCAACUUGCAUUAUCCCAGGGUUUCAUUUGCCGAAGUAAAAGCACUGAUUGUCAGAUCCCAUUAGGUACUCUCGAGUGGUGGGACAAGUGGCCAUGUCAGGCUGAGGAGCCUUGGGCACAGUUCUGGCUGUGCUGCUGACCUCUGUGAGACCAGGGAAAGUCACACCCCUCUGGGCCUCAGGGGUCGUCGAGCUCAGAGGAGGGCCCUGAAGUGUCUGUCUGGUGGGUAUGUUCUUCGACUGUUCUUAUGUCACAGUGGGCUCCUUGCUGGUGGGCAGUGGGUUGCAAAUACGUUUUUACAAAAUAUUAAGUUCCUUGUCUCAGGUGUCCCAUUGGAGAAGCUCUAGAGUUCCACUGUCCAGUAGAAACACAAUGUGAGUCAUAUAUGUCAUCGAUAUUUUUCUAGUAGCCACAUU